AUGCGCCCCGCCGAGCUGCUCACAUCCCUCCUCCUCUUCUCUGGGGCAACAUCCGCGUGGAUGCCAGGAUGGGGACCCGUUGGUGAUCUUGAGAAUGCUGUUGCACCCAUGGAACGACGACAAGAUACUUCGAAAUUCGACCUCUCCUUCUCGGGAGUGCAGGGCAACACCGCCACGACCGAGGCCUCGACGAAAGAGACGUCAACAAACAGCGAUGACAAGAACGCCGAGACGACCAACACAGCCGAUGAGACGGGCGAUGCAUCUUCAGGGAGGACGACGGGCUCCGCACGACGGACAGGGACAUCUACAGGCUCAGGUACAAAGACGACUGGGAAGUCCAAGACUUACGACGCACGAUUGCCCGCCGGCGGUGUCUCGAUGAUCACACCCAACGCCCUCUCGACGCAGUAUUACAAGAUCGAAGACUUCGUCACCUUUGUAUGGAAUUACACUUCGCUUUCCGCUACGCCAUCAAAGAUUGAUGUGCUUGCAUCCUGCGCCACAAACAACCAGCUGUAUACGAUUUCUUCCAAUGUCUCGGUGGAGGAGACGCAGAGCAUCAUCUGGGACACUGGCGCUUUCCAGUCUAGUGCGACCGUCCCGCUUCUCACUGAGACUUACACCCUCAUCAUCCACGAUGCUGCGAAAGAUAUCAGCGCAGCUCCCCAGGCUGGCUAUCUCGGCGUGGCGAACCAGUUCACUUUUGGGAUGUACACACCGAAGCCGUAUGUACCCUUGAACGAGUUCAAGUGUGUGACUUGCAAUAGUGCGGAUGCUUUGGUGGAAAGGCAGACCCUACUCGCGCUCGUUGGAAUGGCCAGUUUGACUGCCAUCAGUUUUGGCUGGUUCACAGGAGUUGCAGGACUAUGGUGA